GCCUGCAGGCACAGCCACUCAAGAUGCACCCAGGUAUCCUGGCUACCUUCCUCUUCUUGAGCUGGACUCGCUGUUGGUCCCUGCCCCUGCCUGAUGAUGAUGAUGAUGCCGAUGUGUCUGAGGAAGACUUCCAGUUUGCAGAGCGCUACCUGAGAUCAUACUACCACCCCCAGAAUCCUGCUGGAAUCUUGAGGAAGUCAGCAGCAAACUCAAUGGGUGACAGGCUCAGAGAGAUGCAAUCUUUUUUUGGCUUGGAGGUGACAGGCAAACUUGAUGAUAACACAUUAGACAUCAUGAAAAAACCAAGAUGUGGGGUCCCAGAUGUGGGUGAAUACAAUGUUUUCCCUAGAACUCUCAAAUGGUCCAAAACAAAUUUAACAUACAGAAUUGUGAAUUACACCCCUGACCUGACUCACUCCGAGGUCGAAAAGGCAAUUAAGAAAGCAUUAAAAGUUUGGUCUGAUGUUACACCUCUGAAUUUCACCAGAAUUAACAAUGACACUGCUGACAUCAUGAUCUCUUUUGGAACUAAAGAACAUGGUGACUUCUACCCAUUUGAUGGACCCUCUGGCCUGCUGGCUCAUGCAUUUCCUCCAGGGCCAAAUUAUGGAGGAGAUGCCCAUUUUGAUGAUGAUGAGACCUGGACAAGUAGUUCUAAAGGCUACAAUUUGUUUCUUGUUGCUGCCCAUGAGUUUGGCCAUUCUUUGGGCCUGGAACACUCCAAGGACCCGGGAGCUCUCAUGUUUCCCAUCUACACCUACACUGGCAAAAGUCACUUUAUGCUUCCUGAUGAUGAUGUGCAAGGGAUCCAGUCUCUCUAUGGCCCAGGAGAUGAAGACCCUAACCCUAAACAUCCCAAAACACCAGAGAAAUGUGACCCCUCCUUAUCUCUUGAUGCCAUUACCAGCCUCCGAGGAGAAAUGAUUAUCUUCAAAGACAGAUUCUUCUGGCGUCUGCAUCCUCAGCAGGUUGACGCAGACCUGCACUUAACAAAAUCAUUUUGGCCAGAGCUCCCCAACCACAUUGACGCUGCCUAUGAGCAUCCUUCUCAAGACCGUAUCUUCAUCUUUAGAGGCAGAAAAUUUUGGGCUCUUAAUGGCUAUGACAUUCUGGAAGGUUAUCCCAAAAAAAUAUCUGAACUUGGAUUUCCAAAAGAGGUUAAAAAGAUAAGUGCAGCUGUUCACUUUGAGGACAGAGGGAAGACUCUCUUCUUUUCAGAAAAUCAAGUCUGGAGCUAUGAUGAUACUAACCAUAAAAUGGAUAAAGACUCCCCCAGGCUAAUAGAAGAAGACUUCCCAGGGAUUGGUGAUAAGGUAGAUGCUGUCUACGAGAAAAAUGGUUACAUCUAUUUUUUCAAUGGGCACAUACAAUUUGAAUACAGCAUCUGGAGUAACCGUAUUGUUCGUGUUAUGCCAACAAAUUCCCUACUGUGGUGUUAAGUGUCUUUUAAACAUUGUCAUUUAAAUUCUGGAAGUCUUUUUGGAUAGUGCUUCCAGAGAUAUGAGAUGUGUGUGUGUGGGGAGACAUCAGGGAAUCGCUUAGUUCUGUGAACAGGCAUCAGUAAGUUAACUCUGAACAGGUAUUAUCUAUGCACCAUGUAUGUGGCUGGACCCACACUGACUUUUAAAGGAAUGAAAUACAGUACCUCUAGGAAUCAUCUAAUUAUUGUGUGAUAUGUAGAAAGCAGUAAUUUACAAUAUUUUUUGCAUAAAAAUGGGAUGAAUGAUGUACGAAAGGACAUAAUUUUAAAAAAUACAUUUAUAACAAUACUUUCCAAAAACUGUAAUUUAUCAUAGUUAAUGAACCACCUUUAUUAAGUACUAUAAAAUGGAGCUGGUGGGGAGAGGCACUUUUGCAAGUUAUAUGUGAAUAAAGAUAAACCAAAAGGGAUUGUUUGAGAUAAACAUAUCGUAUACAACUUUCCAAAGGAAUUUGGGUUUUGAACAGAAACUUUUUGGAUGCAUAUGCUCCUCUUUCUGGUGUGUUCAUUAAGAAUUUUUUUUUUUUUUUUUUUACCAGAACACUUCUCAGCUCUGGCUUAUGGUGGUGCAGGGGAUUGAAUCUGGGACUUUGGAUUCUAAGGCAUAAGAGUCUAUUUGUAUAACUAUUAUGCUAUCUAGCUUCUGCCAAUGCCCCUCUUUCUAUAGACAGUAAAGAACCAUCAAAGGCACCGAAAUGGAAGACUAAGACUAAUGGUGGGGACAAUAGAUAUGGUCUUUGAACUCCACUUACCUUUCACUGUUGACAAAGACUUAAGGGCUACCCACAAAGAACACAAAUAAAUACUUCUUCAAAUAUUUAUUUAUAGACAAUAAAGAAAGGUGAUAUCUCUUUGCAUUAUGACAUUUCAGGCCUUUCAAAUAUAUCAAGAUAAAAAAAUCAAAAUAGUUGUCAAAAGAAUCUAAGACCAAAACAUCACUUUUUCAUAUAUCAUCUGCUUAAGAUGAGAAGUAGUGUAUUAACUUACUUUGUAUCUAGGUAAUUACUUGAAGUGUACAAAUUACCUUGAAUAAACAAACUUUUGUUCAGUA